CAUCGAUUCCAGCCCCCUACACAAAGCAGAACCAAUCUCAACUAAAUCAUCCCAGAUGAUUUUAUGAAGGCUCGGUGCAACAAGGGGACAAAAAGAGAGAGCGCAAGAGCAGGCUUCAAGAUGCUGUUCCCCACUUUUCUCCUUCUUGUUUCUUCUGGAAGAUGACUAUGCUCCUGCUGGUUAUCUGUACAUACAAAAUGGAUGUCUCUGCCUUCAGAAUCCAGCGGGUAGAAAGCACAGAAAAUUGCCAGGAUCACAUCAUGCAUUUCAAACACUACUUUGCACUGAGAGGAGAACCUGUGAUCCUGAAAUGCCCUUCCUUCAAAUACAAACACUUAGACUUUUCCAGCCAUCCAUAUAACCUGACAUGGUCUAAAAAUGAUUCAAAAAUGAUGACCUCAGGAGGAGAUGAGGAACCAAGGAUUUGGGCACAAGGCGAUGCUCUUUGGUUUUUACCAGCAUCAUUAGAGGACUCGGGACAAUAUAUUUGCAGUCGAAGGAAUUCCUCCUACUGUGUUGAUAUCUCCAUUCACCUGACAGUUAUUCAGAAAACUGCUGCCCACGAGAUUUCCUAUCCUCAAAUUCUCUUCACGUUUACUUCUGGAAAACUUGUUUGUCCUGAUCUGGGGGAUUUCAUACAAAAGGAAACAGACUUGGAGCUAAAAUGGUACAAGGAUUCUGUGCCUGUGGAUAAAGACAAUGCAAAAUUCAAAAGCUUGAAAAACACCAGCUUUCUCUUGAUCAACUCAGUGUCAUCAAGAGAUUCUGGCUAUUACACCUGUGAAAUGGCUUUUACCUAUGGAGGUGCACAGUAUAACAUCACCAGAACUAUUCAGCUACAGACUUUGGACCAAGAAAAGAGAUUCAGUCCAGAGAUUGUAUAUCCUGACCAGAAGACUACAUUAGCUGCUCUUGACUCCAAACUGAUCCUUCCAUGUAAAGUAUUUAUUGGACCAAGUAAACAUUUUCACACGGCUGUGAUGUGGCUAGCAAAUGACACUUACAUUGAUAUAAUUUACAAAGAGGGCAGAGUUACAGAGGGAGAGCGUCUGGAAAUGAUAGAAAAUGAUGAGAACUACAUUGAGGUGCCACUGAUUUUUGAUCCAGUCAAAGAAAUAGAUUUUUAUACAGAUCUUAAAUGUGAAGCCCAGAAUAGUUACGGACGCCAAGUACUGCCAACACGGGUCAAGCAAGGAGCAUCCAGUUCCCUGUGGCACAUUGCAAUAAUUCCAGUCGCCCUGACCUGCUUGAUUUUGGGGGGAUUAUGCAUGCACAAAUGCUGGAAGUGGAAAGCUGAUAAUGGAUAUGUUAUUGCCAAAUUGUAACUGGGCAAACCUGCUUUAGUCUUCACCAAUCCACUGAGAAGUUUUCAUCCAGCUUAUACCGUUAAUGAAAAAAAGGCAAAAUAACUCAAGUCCAUUGGAUUAUUUUCUAAGAAGGUGGAUACUAGUUACUUUCUCUCUUCUGAGUUUGUGUGAUUUGGUUAAACUGUAAAUGUGGUGGGUUUUUUGUAUAAACAAAUAUGUACAGAAAAAAAGGUGCGCUGUUAUUCUGUGGUUGGAGAGCUUUUUGUAACGUCAUGAAUGUGUCUGUGUAUCUCUGGUCUGUCUCCUGGUUAUGUGAGGAGGAAGAGGAAAGGAGUUGUUCCUAGUCCUUGUAACAACUAUUAUCUUAUCAUUAAGGAAAUAAUAAUAAAAAUAACUUAAGCAUGCUAGUUCCCAGAAGAACAGUUCCAGCAAUGGAAAAGGUAUUAUUUGUUUGCAUGGCUUACCCUUAUCUUCUCUCAAACUGAAAAAGCACAAGAUUUAUUUCAACUGUCAAAUACAGUCAUCAUGACAAGAGGAAUUAUUUUCGUGUCUGCUUAUUCUGCUUGUCCACAGAAAUCUUGGGUUUUGUUGGUUCAUGUUCUGCUUGGGAUAUUAUUUUCUUAUGUGUGUGUUCCAACAGAAACAAAGAACUCUACAUCAGUGUAAUAGAUGCAGUAAAUAUGGUGGAGAAUUCCAUUUUAUUUAGGCAGCAGAAGCCGGGUAGCUAGAGAUUCAUAGACAAAUAUAUCAUGUUUUUUUAUCUUUGCUAUGAAAACAUUUUGGAGAACUAGUGUACUCUUGGCACUGUAAAUGAAUUUUCCAUAAAUCAUUUGACUAAUUCUUGCUUUGGUUCCUGGAAGUGAUUUGACAACACACCAGUAAAAAUACUGGAAUCUUUCUUAAAGCAUCUACCAAUUUCAUGUAUCACUGUUACAUAUCAUGGGCUUGAUUCAUCAGUGCAAAUCAUGAAUUACUUGACUAAAAUCAAUGAAAUUGCACAAGUGUAAAACUGCUGUGAGAUCAGUAUUAAGAUCAAUGUGUUGUACUUUAAACUAUACAAAGGGUCAAAUCAAAUACCCAAGGAACAAAUCACAGCCCUGUGGGACCAAUUAGAUGAAUCUAAUGCUAUUCCAUUGUUGACACA